CCCGGCCGUUCCAUCUCCUUCUCCUCCCCGCGCCCACCACCACCACCCAAAAAAAUCUCCACUUCCCGAGCCCUCCUCUCGCCAAGCAACCGAUCGGCCCGGCCGGUUCUCGGUUCUCUCGUCGCUGCGCCAGCCAUCCAGGCAUGUCGUCGCUCGCCGUCGGCCGGCGGGGGCUGGAGCUGGAGGACCUGGAGCUCUGGCUCGCCGGCCUCUUCUCCGCGGCCGAGCUGGCCGCCGCCGACCUGCUCCUGCAGCUCAGCGUCAGCGUCUCCGCCAAAGGGGUCCACGACGACGAGGAGGAGAAGGCGGCGUUGUCUUCGUCGGCCGCGACGCAGUCCCCCUCCCCGCGGUCCGCGACACCGGGCUGCGACUGCGACGACCUCACCGUGGAAGAGGAGGCGGCGAAGGAGGAGGAGAGGGUCGCCGAGAAGCCGGCCGCGUCGACGGAGCUGGACAGGCGGCCGAGGAAGCGGUACCGGCGGCUCUCAGACCUCUACGCCGCCACGAGCCCCGUGACGGUGACCUCCGCGUCCGCCACCUCCGUCUCAAAGACGAAGAAGCGCAAGAGGUCUCUCCACCGCCAGGACGGGUUCGGGUCCUCGUCGCCGUCGGGGUCGUCGGUGGAGCCGACGAGGUACGGCGGAGACUACUAGGGAGGCAAACCCAGCCGCGUAGAAGGGCUUUUGUGUAAUUACGCCGCGCUCGUGGGGUCGGUUCUGCGAGUCCCGGCUCCACUUUCGCUAGCUAGCGGCCGAUCUUUUCGGGGAAGAAACGGAAGACGACAAAACGCAGCUUGUACAGGAAGGCGGAAAAAAAAGGUAGUUAGCGCCUUUGAAUUUUGAAAUUUGAAUCUCU